CUCACUUCUUUCCCCCCCCCACCCCGGACAUUUUUUAUAAUAUCAUCCCCACGUCCGCCCACAAACGUUCUCGUUCCCCCCCGUCUAUUCUACUACAAUACUACGACUACUCGACCUUCUCCGCGAUCUUCAACCGAACACCACCCAACAUACACCCAAAUUUUAUCACUUCCCGCCUUUUACAACAACCCAACAACAAUUCAACCCAACGAUCAAUUAUCGACAACAACGUCGAUUCUUACUCUCGUUAACAUCCUCACUGCUUCUAUCUGAAGCGUAAAAGUCGACUUAUACACCUUUAUUCGCACUUUAGCUCGUUAGCACCACCUUCAUCUCGACUUGUUUCGAGAUUACCUCAUUGUCGCCUCAACCAAGACUUUCGACUACGUUGCGGCGGCGAUCACAUGCAACGAGCCUCGUCUGCAGUAGAUUUUUCAAAUCUAUUGAACCCGCAAUCUACCCUCGAGGAACAGCAAGAGGCUGCGAGGCAAAAAUUGGCUUUCCUGUCGCAGCAGCAGAAACAGCAAGAGGCAGAAAUGGCAGCCGUGAGUAUGAUGCCCAACAUGGGAUCUGGGCAGCAAGGCGGCGAGGAGAGAGCCGACCUGCCACGUCCUUACAAGUGUCCCCUGUGCGAUAAGGCUUUCCACCGCCUCGAGCACCAGACCAGACACAUCCGCACCCACACCGGUGAGAAGCCUCACGCUUGCCAGUUCCAGGGCUGCACCAAGCGCUUCAGCCGAUCGGAUGAGCUCACCCGCCACUCGAGAAUCCACAACAACCCCAACUCGAGGAGAAGCAACAAGGGACAGCAGAACGUCAACCCGAACAUGCAGAACGGACAGCAGCAGGACAUGACCAACAUGAUGCCACCACCAAGCCAGAGCUUCUCUCGCUCAGCACCCGCAUCGGCCAUCGGAUCACCAAACGUCUCACCACCUCACUCGUACGCAACAUACGCCACUGCACCUCCGUCGAAUCUCAACCCGUACGGUCGUAGCAACGGCUCGAGUCCCAACAACGGCCAGCAGCACUCGCUCGACAUCAACAUGCUCGCCACCGCCGCCACCCAAGUCGAGCGUGAGAGCAUGCCCGCCACUCACCUCCCCCAACACGGCAGCAGCUCGAGACAUCACCCCUACUACAGCCACAGCAGCCACAGCAGCCGCAACCACCUGCCCUCGCUCUCCGCAUACGCCAUGUCGCGCUCGCACUCGUACGAGAACGAUGACGAGCACUACGCGCACCGCCACGCCAAGCGCAGCCGUCCCAACUCUCCCCAAUCCACCGCACCCUCCUCCCCAACAUUCUCGCACGACUCCCUCUCCCCCACGCCCGACCACACUCCGCUCGCGACGCCGGCACACUCGCCGCGUCUGAGGCCGUACAUCGCGCCGUACGGGAGCGGCUACGACCUCCCCGGGAUCAGGAACUUGAGUCUCCAGCACGCGCCGGCGUUGGCGCCGAUGGAGCCGCAGAAGCUGGAUCAGCAGUACGGGAAUCCGAGCACCGUGGCGCCGCAGGGACCGAGACAGGGGAUGACGAUCAGCGAUAUCAUGUCCAGGGCGGACGGGGCGCAGCGCAAGUUGCCGGUGCCGCAGGUGCCGAAGGUUGCGGUGCAGGAUCUGCUGAGUGUGGAGGGCGGGUUUAGUACGAGUGGGCAGAGCUCGACGGCUGGGUCGGUGGCGGGGGAUUUGGAGAGGAUAUGAGUUAGUGAUGUGAUGGGGAUUGACUGACUGGAUUGAUUGAUGUGAUCAGAUGGGAAUGGGAUGGGGCUAUUGGGAUUGGACAAUUAUAGACUUGUUUGCUUUUUUCUGCGCGAUUACCUCAAGUGGAGUUUUUUACCUUUGGUAUCUUGUUUUAUUGAUGAUGGGGGGCAUGGAUGGGUUAUGGGAUUGGGAUGAACUCUACACUUUACUAUUACAACAACUUUUACGAUUCGAUUUUAAUACUUCUUUUGCUGUGUCCUGUUUGCGAUGGUGGGGAUGGGAGGGGAGAUGGGAUGGGCGAGAACGCUGUCUUCUCAACGAUUGAAAGAGUGGGCAAGAAACAACGAACGAUGACACGCACGCAUCCUACUCGACGAACCUUCCCAUCAAAUCAUUGCACACACGCACGCAGACAAACAAACAUCCUCAACUCUUCACUCCACGCAAACCAACCAACCAACCACAACAAACAAACUCUUCUCCACACCACAACACAACAAACCACAAAAAAUAAUUCACAACGCCACUUUUUCUUUUAACGGCCUUUCUUCGAUGAUGGAGGGGCAUUUUUCUACUUUUCUGGAUGAUGAGAUUCCCUUUAAAAAAGCAUGAUACUUUCUUAUGAUUGCUGCUUCUUUUCUAUUUUCUGGGAUGGGGAAGACAGGAGAAGGAAGCGAGGGAAGGGGAUAAACUAUAGACUUGGAAUGGGAAUUGUUACCACUGCUCCUUUGUGUUUUUUUACGACUUUCUGUUUGGGUUUUUUAUCUGGUGAAGGAGGAGGAGGAGUGCGGGGACGGAGGAUGGGAGGGAGACUGUAGUAUUGGGAGCAAGAAUCGGAAUUAUAGACAC